UGAGUUUUGAAAGGAAUGUGAGAGUUGACCAAGAAAACGGUUAUAGAAGGAUUGUUUGAUUUUGAAGUUUUGAAUCUUUUUCUUAAAAAAAAGUAUAAUGUUCUUUUCUCAUCUAAUGGUAAAUUUUGAGGGGAAAAUACAUUUUUUUAAAAAGGGUCGUUUUUUACGAAGAAAAUCUUUUUAAGGAGUCAUUUUUGUCGAUUUUCCCAAAAGAAAACUUAAAUUUAAAUCUUCGUGAAUUCUGCCCUAUGAACUCAAAAAGCAAGUUCGGCUUCAGGGAUUUCAGACUAUCCAUUGCUUCAAAUGGUCAGCGUUCAAGGGAUUUGAAUUUGGAUUUUGGGUUUCUUCAUUACUUUCAUGCUCUUUUGAAUUCAAUUGAAGAAUCAUCUCUUUCUUUCACCUACAUUGUUGAAGAAGGUGGUUUAAAAUGAGAUUAAUGAAUCUAAGCAGUUGUUGCUUUGCAACUGCUUUUCUGAAACUUCCUCAUCCUAUUUGUCAAGUUACAAUGGCCCAAAAAAUCAUAUCAUUCAACUUGUCUGAACACCAGCUGUUCAAGUCCUGUUGCUACCACACUUCAAAUGAUUCUUUAGUCAAUACCCUUCAUGCCAAAAUGGUCAAGAAUGGUUCUAUUUUGGAAUCUGGGAAGUUUGUUUUGAGCUCUUAUGUGAAAUCUGAGAAAUUAAACGAUGCUCAGAAACUGUUCGAUGAAAUGCCCAGUAGAGAUGUUCUUACAUGGACGGUCCUUAUAUCGGGUUUUUCUAGAAUAAAUUGUUCUGAAAUGGCAUUGCAACUAUUUAGAAAAAUGCUAGUUGAAGGUGUUUGUCCAAAUCAUUUUACUUUGUCUACUGUUCUUAAACUUUGCUCUAGAGUAGGUGAUAUGCAAAUGGGUAAGGGAAUUCAUGGAUGGAUACUGAGAAAUGGGGUUAACUUAGAUGUUGUCUUGGAGAAUUCUAUGCUUGAUUUGUAUGCUAAGUUUGAUGACUUUUAUUGUGCGAAAAAGUUGUUUGAUUCAAUGAGAGAAAAGAGUACUGCUACUUACAACAUAAUGCUUGGUGUGUAUGUCCGUAGUUGUGAUGUUAACAAAUCUCUUGAUUUAUUCAGAAACAUGCCUUGCAGAAAUACAGCAAGUUGGAAUACAAUUAUAUGUGGGCUAAUGCAAGGUGGGCAUCUGAAUGCAGCAUUGGAGCUACUCUAUGAGAUGGUGGAGAAUGAACCCGAGUUUAACAAAGUUACUUCUUCCAUAGCUUUAAGUGUAGUUGCUUCUUUAUUGAUUAUUGAGCUAGGUAGACAAGUACAUGGCCGAAUUAUCAGGUGUGGUCUUCAUAAUGAUGGAUUUGUAAAGAGUUCACUGAUAAAUAUGUAUAUUAAAUGUGGAAAUUUGGAAAAAGCAUCGGUGAUAUAUAGUCAAAUGCCUUCAGGUUUUGUGACGAAACAAGAUUCCAACAUUGUAUGUAGCGACAUGAUGACCGAAAUUGUUUCGCGGAGCUCAAUGGUGUCGGGAUACAUUUGGAAUGGCAAGUAUGAAAAUGCCUUCAAAACUGUUGUGUCUAUGGUCCGUGAACGGGUUCUAAUGGACAAAUUUACCAUUGCAAGUGUUGUGUCUGCUUGUUCUAAUGCUGGAGUUUUGGAGCUUGGACGUCAAAUCCAUGGAUAUAUUCAGAAAACUGGAGAACAGCUUGAUGCUCACUUGGCUUCCUCCUUGAUUGACAUGUAUGCUAAAGGUGGAAGUUUGGAUUGUGCCCAUCGAAUUUUUGAGCAAACAACUAAUUACUUAAAUGUUGUACUAUGGACUUCCAUGAUCGCUGGAUAUGCUUUACACGGGCAAGGCAAGGAAGCCAUUAGACUGUUUGAACGGAUGAGAUAUGAGGGAAUUAUACCAAAUGAGGUCACUUUUGUUGGAGUUUUAACAGCUUGCAGUCAUGCAGGGUUGCUUGAACAUGGCCGUCUAUAUUUUAAUAUGAUGAAGGAUGUUUAUGCAAUCAAGCCUAAGGUUGAGCAUUUCACUUGUAUGGUAGAUCUUUACGGUCGAGCUGGAUGCUUGAAUGAAGUCAAAGAGUUCAUCUAUGAGAAUGAUUUAUCACACCUUAGUGCAGUUUGGAAGGCAUUUUUAUCAUCCUGCCGGCUUUACAAGAACCUUGAAAUGGGAAACUGGGUUUCUGAAAAAUUGUUUAGUCUCGAACAACAAGAUGAAGGGUCUUAUGUUUUACUAUCAAACAUGUGCUCCGGCAGUCAAAAGUGGGAAGAAGCUUCAAGAACAAGAAGAUCUAUGCAACACAGAGGGAUUAACAAAACACCUGGUCAAUCUUGGAUUCAUGUGAAAAAUCAAGUUCACUCUUUUGUUGCGGGAGACCAAUCACACCCUCAACAUGUUCAAAUAUAUGAAUAUCUGGACAAGCUCAUUGGAAGAUUGAAGGAAAUUGGGUACUUGUAUGAUGUAAAAUUGGUGAUGCAGGAUGUAGAAGAAGAACAGGGUGAGGUGCUUCUUGGUUGGCAUAGUGAAAAGCUUGCACUGGCUUAUGGCAUAAUCAGUUUGGGUUCUGCCAUUCCAAUCCGAAUCAUGAAGAACCUUCGGGUAUGUACUGAUUGUCAUAACUUUAUGAAGUUAACAUCUCAACUCUUAGGCAGGGAGAUCAUUGUUCGAGAUAUUCAUCGUUUCCAUCGUUUUAACUCUGGUCAUUGCUCUUGUGGUGAUUAUUGGUGAGCCGAGAAUGAGAAUCUGAUGCAUAUGGAUUUUCAUGCAUUAUUACGUUAAUCUGAUUGGAGUUCAUAGCACUGUUGGGGGAACCAAGGCAAAUAAAUUGAUUAGAAGGAUUAUGCUUCUUAGAUGUUAAGAGUGCAGUUCCGAGACCAUGAUUACUUAUAACGAUGAACUUCACAUCUCACAUGCCUGAACUGAAGGAUUGAAGUAAGAUCUGCUGUAAUUCAAACCAUAUAAUUGGAAUUCCACGAACGUGAUUGAAAAUUUAUGUAAAUGAAUGAGCCAGGGAUUACUUGGUGAAUUAAAUCACAACCUUUACCACUUGGUUUUCCUGUAGGAAAGGAUACUGAAUUGAAGAUACUAUGCUGUGAAACCCAAUGGCUCAGUCUUACCACCACCUCAAUAACAGAGUUUCAGAAACACAAGAAGUUUAGUCAUAUUGAUGUGUGUGCGGACGAGUCUGGAAAAGUAUUGCUUACAGAAACGCUCUCACACAUGUGCUUAGAGGCAUAUGCAAGCAAUGCGAGGAAAGACGAUUCUAAAGUGUGAAUAUGUUGAAGUUUUUUCUGAAUCACCUGUGUACCCAUAACAAGGUGAAUGCUUGUCCAUGAUUAGAAAAAUUAAUCACCAUUCAUUUUGUUACCCUUUCCAUUUCUUUCUUGAUAACUUCUAUAUGUUAAUUCUCUUAUGACAGAAAAGAAAAUAGUAUCAAAGUAUUGUUGAUAUUCUUCUCCUAUCAAUUUAUAAUGCAGUAUCACAGAAGCUAUUGUUUGUGAAGCAGCAAAUGGAAGGACGGUACAUACAUAACAGUUCCAAAAGGGAAAUCAAUAUGCAAUCACAAAGGAUCUAACAAAGAGGUUUGGCAGAAAAUAUACAAUUUUAUGUUCCCGUAACACAUGGAAGUUGCAUUGCAGAAACAGAAAAUGAUACAAAAUCUACUUGACGUAG